AUGAAUAUGCACGAAUUUACCCCCAUGAUUUUUGACGGCGAUAUGGUACUCAAUAACCACGCAAUGGAUGAGACGCACCAUGAGAUGGUUGACCUGCUCAAUCAACUGCACGCAACGAAGGAGGCCGAUUUGCUGCCUGCGUUGGAUGCGCUGAUUGCGCACACCGAAACCCAUUUUGCCUUAGAAGAGGGCUGGAUGGCGCGCAUCAAUUUUCCUGCCGCAGGCUGCCAUGUGAGCGAACACAAUCAAGUGAUUGGUGUGAUGCGACUGGUGCGCACCAAAGUGGCUGCGGGCGAGACAGAUUUUGCGUAUGUGCUGGCAACAGAGUUGUCAGCGUGGUUGCGGAUUCAUGCGGGCAGUAUGGAUUAUGCGCUGGCCAAUUUUAUUGAGGUGACUGGGGCGGAUGUGGGGACUACUGUUGGUUAA